GAGCAAUGCGCCACGUAGCUUGCUCUACUGAUCGACCUCGACACCUCCUCCUCCAAUAUCAUCGGACAUACCCAAUCAAACACCAUGGCCCCUCCCAAGCGCGCUCUCAUUGCAAUCUCCUCGGCUCACGCGCCCUUGUACCCCGACGGCAAGGAGACUGGCCUCUUCAUCACCGAAGCUCUUCACCCGUAUGAAGUGUUUGAGAAAGCUGGAUUCGAAGUUGACCUUGCAUCAGAGACUGGGACAUACUCUCCAGACUGGCUGUCUACGACCGAGGACUGGCUCAAACCUGACGAAAGGAAGAUCUACGAGGACCACUCGUCUGGCUUCAGAUCCAAGCUCGACAAGCUUCACAAGGCGAGCGACCUAAACUCAAAGGACUAUGGUAUCUUCUUCGCAUCGGCUGGUCAUGCUUCCUUGAUCGACUAUCCUGAUGCGAAGGAUCUUCAAAAGAUCGCUUCGGAUAUCUGGGCAGAAGGAGGAGUGGUCUCUGCAGUCUGUCACGGAGGCGCCAUCUUCAAAGGCAUCAAAGACAAGGACGGAAAACCUAUCAUCGCGGGAAAGAACGUCACUGGAUUCACGACCAAGGGCGAGGAAGAAGAAGGUGUCUUGGACACCAUCAAGUCGUGGAACAGACCCACUAUCGAAGCCUCUGCCAAAGACCUCGGAGCCAAUUAUGUGUCUCCUGCUGGACCUUGGGAUGAUUUCACCCAGACAGAUGGGAACCUCGUCACUGGAGCCAAUCCUGCGUCCGCCACGUCUACCGCCAAGGCUGCUGUAGCAGUAUGGGAGAAGCUCUAAGCGGACGGAUGGCGAGUCGACGGCGAAGCGUAAAUCGCUUCGCGAUCGUAGCAGACUGUGAUUAUAGCAGCAGGCAGCAGAAAAGAUGAGAAGCCUCAGAGAUCCGUGUGCUACUCGUGCAAAGUUGAACGAAAAUCCAAACGAAUGUAUCUCCGUCGUUGUG